CUGGUCCGUCCAAUAUUAUCUUCCCCCUCCGGUGCAGGUGGACGGCAUGGUGAACUACAACCGACCACAUUUAACUAAAGAGUGAAGAAAUACGCAAUAAACUCAUCAUAUGUGAAUAGUAUGACUUUUACUACGUAGAGUUCAGUAGUGAUAGUUGCCAUGGGAACAGAGGAGGCUGGUGAUGAUGAGGGUUUCUGUCUGAGUGAUGAAGAGGUGGAGAGGUGGAUGAGCAGCGCCUUUAACAUGGCUAAAGACGCUCUGGAGAACGGAGAGGUGCCGGUCGGAUGUCUGAUGGUCUACGGUGAUGAAGUCGUGGGGAAAGGGAGGAACGAAGUCAACGAGACCAAAAACGCCACUCGCCACGCUGAGAUGGUGGCCCUGGAUCAGCUCCUGGACUGGUGUCGCCGCAGCAAUCUGGAUGUGAGCGGCGUGUGCAAGCGAACGGCGCUGUACGUCACCGUGGAGCCGUGCAUCAUGUGUGCUGCAGCCCUGCGCCUGCUCAACAUCCCCGUGGUCAUGUACGGCUGCAGGAACGAGCGGUUCGGAGGCUGCGGUUCAGUUCUGGACGUUUCCUCUGCAGACCUUCCUCAGACUGGGACCACGUUCAAGUGUGUUUCAGGUCACCGAGCAGAAGAAGCCGUAGAGAUGCUGAAGUCUUUCUACAAACAGGAGAAUCCAAACGCUCCUAAACCCAGAACAAGGAAGGACUGAACUCUUCAGCUGAAUAUUCAGUUUUUAUAUUCUGUAUAUCACCUUUGUUUUAUUAAAUAAAUGUCAUUAUAAAUCCUG